GUCAGUUCCCUGUUGUGUUGUCGCAGUGCUUCGAAGGCUUCAAACUUUUAUUAAUGAUUCACAAAUCUACUCUGUCAAAGUUGCCGAUUUUUUUGCACUUUCAUCGUUUGUCGCCGUUCCACCGCUCGCAAUAUCAAAACACCGGUCGUUUAUUGAGCCCAGCUGGAUACCGUUGCCUCUCGCAGCACGCUACAAUGUCGGAGAACAAAUCGCCGCUGCUGGAGCGCGCCAGAAAUAUUGUGCCUCAUCUGGAAGCGCACCGCCACAAGGGUCAGGCUGGUCGAAUCGGAGUGGUGGGUGGAUCGCUGGAAUACACCGGAGCGCCGUAUUUUGCGGCCAUCAGUGCCCUGAAAGUGGGAGCCGAUCUGGUGCACGUAUUCUGUCCUCAAGCGGCAGCACAGGUGAUCAAAUCCUACAGUCCAGAAUUGAUUGUCCAUCCUCUACUGGACUCGAAUGAUGCCACUAUGCAGAUUGAGCCCUGGUUGGAACGAUUGCAUGUGCUGGUAAUUGGCCCCGGGUUAGGUCGGGAUCGUCAGAUACUGCAAACUGUGUCAGAACUGAUAAAGAUCUGCCGACAACUGCAGAAACCACUUAUUAUCGAUGCUGACGGACUGUUCCUAAUCACCCACGACAUCAGCUUGGUGAAGGACUAUUACGGUGUGAUUUUGACGAAUGCCAUUGAAUUCUGCCGAUUGUUCGGUAACGAUCGGGAUCGCAUUAUGCAAACACUGGAGAAGCUUGGUCGUGGGGUAACUGUGAUUGAAAAGGGUCUAAACGAUAGGAUCUACGAUUCGCUGACGUUGGAAAAAUACGAAUGUCCUCAAGGUGGCUCGGGGCGAAGGUGCGGAGGACAGGGUGAUUUACUGGCCGGAGCUCUUGCUACGUUCUACUACUGGGCGCUGGAAUCUAAGCAGGAGAUCAGUCCGGCAAUAGUUGCGUGCUUUGCUGCUAGUUAUUUAACGAAAAACUGUAAUACUUAUGCAUUUAAGUCCAAAGGCCGCAGCAUGACUUGCACAGAUAUGAUCGAGCAAAUCCACACUGUGUUCGACGAUAUAUUUGAACAUAAAAAAGAGUAGGUUCUAACAAAUACAGGCCAAUAAACGGAAGAUCGUCACCAUUUGCUGCAGAUUUAUUUAAUAAAAAACUGAAAGCAUUAUUUCCAUAUGAACCUAAUUAAAGAAAUGUUUUGCAGGAUUCGCAACUGAAGCUUGUACUUAAAAUAGUAAAGCUUUCAAAUUUAACUAGAAAAUAAAAAAAUAUUUCUAUGACAUGAUACACAACGUAUCAAUAAUUUUAAAAGUCUUUAUUUUUAUUAGGAAUAUCGUGUUUGUCGGAAUAUUAGUGAUUUGCAGGAACGAAACACUCAAUAAAUGUCUUCACGGGGAAAUGAAAUAAUAAUAGCUGUAAGCACGGUUUUGGAUCUCAUACAUUGCAUUUGGAAUAAAUACUAGAACUCAUAAAGUAA